AUGGAGCUCCUUGUCCUGCUGUCCAUCUGCUACUGCCUGGCGCUGAAGGCCUGUGCUCAGCCGACUCCCUGCACUGAGGUGUCACCACCUUGGAUCACUGGAGGCAUUUCAACGAGUACUAAAGAUGGGGCUAAAACAUCUUCAGGCAUAUUUACAUAUGAUGGCUGGGGCCAACAAGUUCACUUCAGAAACUUUGAAGCAGAGCACAACACCACACAUUUCACUGACCUGCUGAUGAAUUUCAAACAGAAAGUCGUCUAUGAGAUCAACCAUACAAGCCAAACCUGUAAGAUGAAAACACUGGAGACGUCCUUCCACCCCAUGCAGGUCCCACCAAACUCUCUGUUCUUUGGUCAGGCCAUUAUGGGAACCACCUCUGUUCCUGCAAGUGGGGUGCUGGUCAACAACUGGGUUGGAGAGAUCUCAGAGAUACAGGCUAAUUACGUGCUUGUCUUCUCGGCGUACAUGUGCCUACCCAUAACUGCGUUGAUCCACAGACCCGAUCAGGGCUGGAUAGCAAUUAGCUUCUUCUAUCAAGUUCUUACUGUGGUGGACCCCAGCAAAUUCAUCCCUCCUGCAUUCUGCCAAAAUGUUGCAUCUGAAGAAACUGACAGCACUGACUUUAUUAGAGCCAUUCAGUCAGUAAUCUAA